UAGGUAUCUAAGGUUAGAUCUUCAAUUAUUUACUCUCAAUCCACUCCUCAUGUCUUUUUUUAUCACUUGCUCUUCACGCCCCCUCCUUGAGCCUUUUCUUACUAGCCUCAAUUGACAGUCCUUUGUGCUCCCUUCUCAAUCAACUGAAGGAAAACUCACCUAACAAUCCUGCUUCACUUGAGAUGAGGUGUGUUUUUGCCUCUCGGAAGCGGUUCGGUCUCUCUGUUGCCUCUUCGUCCCCAUCUUCAUCCCUGAUUGCCACAAAACAUCAUACAUAAUAUUUCGAACACACUCGUGCUUUGCGAUGUCUAUUUGAAAACUUAUUGUCUGUUCGACUUGCAAAACGCCAAGGCUAGUCGAUUCCUUCGAAGUUAUGAAUUCUCGCCGAUAUGUUCACCUCCCUACAGAGGUCUUAAUGCACAUCGCCGAGUUCAUAUUUGAUUGGAAUCAAACUGAUCCUGAUCCCCACAUUUUCCAAGUCACACUUCAAAGGUUCUGUUCGGUCUCUCGCCAGUGGUACUCUGCUGGCAUCGAAUUUCUCUACCGCAUGCCUGAACUUAACGAAGGGAAAAGCUUCUCGCUUUUCACCAACACUGUGUGCCCACCAAUUCGCUCCCGAGAACGAAAAGCGGACCUAGGCUCGCUCGUUCAUGUCCUGAUGCUCGGGUUAUUGGUACAUCACAGCUCCAAUAGCCUGACGGCACGGCUUCUAGGUCGAGUGAAGAAGAACCUGCAGACUUUUGUUGCUCCGAGGAUCUCUUUUUCGAUCAACAGCCUUGCGCCUUUAGCCAAGUGCAAGAAGCUUGCCUAUCUUUCCCUUACGUUAGUAGCUGAGCCAAUUCCGCUUUCUACUCUCAAGAAAUCCAUCAGCAGACUUGACAAACUGGAAACCCUCCAGCUUCCAGCUUCAAUGUUCAUCACCGACGACGGUUCCAGUGAAGAUUGGCCACCCAAUCUGAGAUGCCUCCAGGUUGGCGGGCAGUUUGAUGUCGAGAAAAUGUCUUCUUUUAGGUGGCCCCCGAACUUAGUAAAGUUGACAUUUCUUGGUUGCGAGGAUCUGGACACUUCCGUCUUGGAAGCGAUCCUUAUAAACGAGCAGCUCUGCACCACACUUACUCAAUUGACUAUCGACCGUUUGAACGGCGAGAUGUUUGAGGAGGGACCAUCUGAGAUCUUAUCAGCCCUCAUUGCUUUGGAGUCUCUCCAGAUACCCGUUGAUCUGCUUUACGAUUUACUCAUUCUUCCUGCGUUUGAUCCAACGGGUUCUCCGAUGUCGAUUCGUGAGCUAAAGCUCACGGCACCAUAUGAUGAGGAUUUUUCUAUGGUGAUUGACCCCGAUGAUCUUUGCAAGGCCUUGGAAAUGAAUCUUUCUCGUGUCUGCUAUAUUGGUAUCAGCCCUGGCUGUCUUGGGAUCAUACCUGAAGCAUCACAUGCCAAAAUUGACAAGUGGGUGUGGAAGAACAUUGAUAAGUGUCCUGAGGAGGAACUUGACUCUCUUUUUGACUUGGGUCUCGUUGUCAUGGAUAAGGAGCCAAUUUUCUAAGCGUUCAUGCAUUCUUAUGGAGUCUUGCAUACCCAUCUCUCUUUACAUCAGCCUUAUAAAUGUCAUAUUACCGUCCCAGGAGUUGUUUUCUGAGCGAUAUACAAUAGCACAACCCAUAAACCAGACUUAUGAAGCGAGACUAACCGGAGAAGAUACAUGUAAGAGGAUAAUGAUGCACCGACAGCGAAAAUUCUGGCUGAGACGUGAUUCAUUUGAUUAUACUCCGUAUUUGAUUCAAAAUCCUAGUCCUUUUUUUUUCCAAGCUUCGAAUCAAAGGGAAGUGUCCAGAGUAGAGGCUUGAG